CUUGUCUAUGUUGAUGCUCUUAUCUGUCUUUUGCUUGUUCUUGUAAUUUUUGUCAGUUCAUUAAAAAUCUCUAUAUAAUUUCUGGGUCUUUUUAAAUUUUUAUUUGGCAGACUUCAUAGCUGACAAAACAGACUUCGAUUUGAUAGGUAUCCUAGCCAUGCACACAUGUGGGUGGCACCUAUCAGGUCUGGGCUGGGGGAAAAAAAAAAAGGAAUGAUUAUGAAGCAGCAAUGGAUGAUUGGUACAGUUUCCUUAGUGAAACCAAGACUUAUUAUGGCGUCAAUAUGGGUGUUUUAACAAAGCCUUUUGAAGACGAACAGAAAAACUAUUACCUGCAGACUUCAAUAUGGAACAAUCUUCAUCCACAUCAAAUUAUUGGGACAGCUGCUGUUGUAAAGGAGAUUGAUUGUUUAACAGCCACUGUGGAUGACAUCUGUCACUUUGGAGACAGCAUUUGUGUCAUCAGUCACUUUGGAGACAAUACUUUCUGGGUUUGGUGGAUGGUUUGAUGUCCAUUUCUGAGUAAAUUGAGAUUUAAGAUUCCUUGUUUAUGGAAUUGUAUGUUAAAGGGGCAUCUCUGCAAGUAGGCAAUAUAACUCUUAUUCUUAUGUUUGUGGUUCAGGGUAGGAGAGGGAAUCCAGCUCGGCAAGAGAUUGAGCUGACAACAGCUUCUAGUGUUGAUAAUGGCACACAUUGGGGCCAGCAGGUUUUUUUCUUGCAUCCUUCUGUUCAAGUUAGUGAAGGGAGUGAUAUCAAUAUUUCUUUCUCAAUGAAUGGUUCCAAGGAAAAUCAUCGUUUAAUGGAGGUUGAGUUUGGCUGUGACAUCAGACAUUCUUCUGGCAAGAUGCAUCCACUAAUCAAGAAGAGGUUCUACAUAGAAUGAGGAAGGAAAUGGAAAUUUUGGAAGUUUAACCUUAACAAGGUAUACGUUGCAGCUUCUUGAAUAUGUAUUUAUUACUGGGAUUUACACUCCCCACCCAAGAAGGGAUAAAAAAAAAUCAAAACAAAAAGAGUUAGGAUCCACAAUUAUCACCCUUCCUAUUUUUUUGAUCAACCACAAUUUAUCAACCAUUGAUUUCUAAAUCCAACAAUUUUAGAUAUUAUUACUAAAUAUAACACCUUCAUUUUCAACCGUUGGAUUUGAAUUCAAUGACUGAUAAAUUGCGUAAUACUUACACGUUGUCUGCAUGCACAACAUGACGCAUCUAUGUUUGGGCUGACUGCCUUUUAUGUUCUCCUGAGAGUGCACCUGACUUCCAGACAAUUUUGGUUGCAGCAUUUGAAAUGCUAACAUAUGUCACCAUUUUUAGAACUGUGUUUUACCGUCCUGAAAUGUUAUCUCCAUGUCCAUGUACAUUCUCCACACGAAGAAAGUAUGUAUUUAUUGUAUGGGGAAAAAGGAUGUAUUGUUGUAAUUAACUGCUCUCAUUGUGUUCUUUAAUCCGAAUAGUUUUGCUCUAGAAAAAGGUGUAGCCAUUUCUCUUCCUCAUGGGGAGAUGGGAUUGAGUCGAUUGACCCCUUUCCAAUUAAAUGAAAUGGCUCUGU